CAGUUCAAGAGUGGUGCUGAGGAGGAGACACAGAGAGGGUGAAUGAAAGCAGGAGGAACAGAAAGAGAAGAGCUGAAAGAAAUUACAGCAAGGGAAGGAUUUUAUACAACACAGUGGAAAUAGAAAUGGCCAACACAGCAGGAGGAGUGUUUUUAGCUGUUUUGUUGUUCCUGAGUGCCAGUGUACCAUGUUUCUCUGUGUAUAACAGUGGCGAGUGCUUCUUCAACACUAAAGGGAGCUGUGAAUACAUGGGACAAAUGUACGGGAUAGGAGAGAGCUGGAUAACCAGUGACUGUUACCAGUGUGUCUGCAUGGAGCCUUUUGGAGUAGGAUGCUGUGACCAUGGAUCUAAACCUGUGGACUAUCCGGACUGGUGUGAGAUCAUCCGUAAACCUGACUCUUGUACUAGUAUUGCAGUUAUGAGAGUCAAUCGUAAACUACCUUGUCUCUGGGGACGAGGCCGUCUCAGACCAGCUGCAGGACAACCAUGGAAAUCAGACAAUGAUCCUAUAUUUUGAGUUCAGCAAUUAAUAAGAAAAUAUAGCAAUAUAACAAUGUGUGAUGUUUAUUUGUGUUUUUUUUUUUGUGUUUGUGAGAGACUAAGCUAGAUUGAAUUUUAGAACAAAUCUGCAAAUAACAACCACAGGAAUUAUCUGUUUGUUCUGUUUAUGUAUAAUUUCACAUUUAAGAUUGUGUUGUUGAUGUUUGUUGUUGAUGAGUCUGUCUGAAUAUCUGGAUUGUUUGUGGUUCAUGUUUUAAGAUUAAAUAAAACUGUAAUAUAUGUUUAA